AUGACAAGAUGGGAUGGUGCGCUGGAAGCACCGCAUCUUGGUAUGGAGCAGGCACCUGUGACGCGAUACGAACAAGUGAUGCAAGCUCUGAACGAUGAGCCUGUACAGCAAGAAACAGUGGAGGUGUUGGCGCAUGCCAGCCAGACUGUACCAGGGGCGUACACGCUGCAGAUGGCGGACGCGGCGCCAAAUGAGGCACCGAACCAGGAAACUGUCGACGCUGCAGCGCAUGCUCCGACUUAUUCACAGCCGCUUGUGCAUGACUCGCACGCAUAUGCGUACGACGCUACGUAUGGUUACGACGCUGCGUACGGCUACGACGCAUCCUAUGCCUACGAUGCUACACAGUACGACGCAAACUACAUGCAUAGCGCGUAUGCAUCAAACUUUACCGGAACGGAGGACCAGGACCCUUCUGCGCUUGGAAUCCACCACGCCUACCCCAACGAGGCGCAGUACAUAUACCCACACGACCCCACCAAAGUACAGCGCUUCUCGCACAACUCUCGAUCUUCUCAAGCAAGCUCCUUGGAACAUUCUAGCUGGCAAAGCCACGAUAGCUAUGCCGAAAAGGAUCGGAAAAGCGCGGCGCAGAGUACGUACGGCACAGAGCCCGUGUACGAUGGCCCUUGGCACGCUACGUGUGGUGCGAUGUAUGGCGCCGACGAGGCGAAAACGCUUGCAGCAAUGCAUGUUGAUGCUUUGCCACAAAGAAAAUAUCAGAGCACGACGCGCAAUGUCGCACUGACAUAUGACAACCUUGUACUAAACUUCCCGAUACCCUCCAAACUCAACUCCUUUGUGCACCUGCGCGAUGCGGAGGAAUACACACACUUGCGCUACUCGGCGGUGACGUGCGGCCCCGAGAUGUUUUUGAAUAAAAACUUUACGCUGCGCCAAACUAUGUACAAUCGGCACACGGAGAUCUUUAUUGGGAUCACCAUUCACGACAAGGACGAGACCUACUUUACACGCACACUUCACGGUGUGAUGAAAAACAUCGCGCACCUGUGCGCUCUCAAAGACAGCCGCGUGUGGGGACGCUCGAGUUGGAACAAGGUUGUGGUUGCUAUUAUCGCCGAUGGGCGCGAGCAUCUUCACCCGCGCGUGCUCGACUGCCUCGCUGCGAUUGGGGUAUACCAGGAAGGCAUCGCAAAGAGCAGAGUAGACAAUGAUGAGGUGCAGGCGCAUGUGUACGAAUACACGACCCAGCUCUCCAUCGAUCGGAAGAUCCAGUUCCGCGGCGCAGAGGAUGGAAUCGUGCCCGUGCAGCUGCUCUUGUGUCUCAAGGAGAAGCGCACACACAAAAACAACUCACACCGCUGGUUCUUUGAUGCAUUUUCACGCGCACUUCAGCCCACCGUGUGUAUUUUGCUCGACGCAGGCACCAAGCCGGCUCACAAAUCCAUCUAUAAACUUUGGCGGUGCUUUGAGCGGAACGCUCGCGUUGCUGGCGCGUUUGGUGGCCUGAGCGUGGAUACAAACAAGCGUGCGGGAUUCCCUCUUGCGCUGCUGAACCCGCUCGUUGCCGCACAACAAUUUGCGUACAAGUCGAGCAAUACGCUGAAAAUGCCUACCGAGUCCGUGCUUGGACACACUUGCCCCGCGCCCGGUGCGCCCAUUGCCUAUCGGUACGCUGCGCUGCUCAAUGACCCAAUCACGGGCUCUGGCCCUCUGGCGUCGUAUUUCAAGGGCGAGGCAUAUGGAAACAAAGCAGACGCGUUUCUUUCCAACAUGUGCGCCGAGGACCUCGUCCUCAGUUUUGAGCUGGUCGCAAAGCAAAACGCGCGGUGGAUAGUACAGUAUGUGGAGUCUGCCAAAGGCAUCACCGCCGCGCCGCACCAUGUCUCGGAGUUUAUCACGCAGCAGCAGCAAUGGUCGAAUGGGCCUUUUUUAUCCACCUUGUACGCAUGGAAGCACGCCUUUCGAUUUAUGCAAUCCGCACAUUCUGGUGGGCGAAAGACGGCACUGAGUUUUGAAAUGGUGUAUUCGUUUAUCACCAUGGUCGUUGCCUGGUUUAGCGUCGCGAAUUGCUACAUUUUUUUCCGGGUGCUGACCCGCGGCAUGGAGCUGGACCGUUUUGGCUUGCAUGGGAUCCCGGUAGUAAAUGAAAUCAUGCACUUUAUUUACAUCGGCACGCUCAUUGCAUGUUUUGUCCUUGCGCUGGGCAAUCGGCCGCAGAGCAGUGAGUGGAAAUAUACGGCUGUGGUCGUCAUCUUUGCACUGCUCGCAUUGUAUAUGCUCUUUGCGGGCAUUUUCUGCAUUGUGAACCUGUUCCAGGGCGCGCCCCACUCGACGUUUGCACAGACCAUGGUGGGGUUUGUUGCGACGUACGCAGUAUACAUUGUCGGCGCAUUGCUUGCGCUUGACCCAUGGCAUCUCUUGACAUGCAGUCUCCAGUACCUUCUGCUGGUCCCUACCUAUAUCAAGUACGUUCUCUAUAUGACUAACCUCAGCGUCCUGCACAUUUAUGCAUUUUGCAAUCUGUACGAUGCAAACUUUGGCGGGUAUCGCAAAACAGACUCACCAUGCCACCUCGGCACGGCUACAUCGACAGAAAAAGGUACGGUGCAAGUCUCGUUGCCAUCCGCACAGACGGAUAUCGACGCUGCAUAUGAAGAGGCUCUCUUUCAUGUGCGGGAUGGACCAAGCUCCAGCAUGGGCCGCUCCUCGACCCAAGUGUUUGACUAUUACAAAAACGUCCGCACCAACGUUUUACUGUUGUGGUCUUUAUCGAACGCCUUGCUCGCAGGCAUUAUUCUCGAUUCGGACCUGACGCAUACGUUUGAUCCCCAAGCGAAUCUUACACGCGCACGCGUCUACGUGCUUGUCGUAUUGGUACGUAUGCUGCACAAACACUGA